AAACCGGAACCUUCUGUUGGGUACUGAUAUGUGACAACACAAGAUACUGUUAUUAUUGACAGACCGAUAAUGCGAUGCGGUGAAUUCGGCAGGCGCGUUUCGGUGCGUAACGCUCGUGAGCGUGCAUGAUCAGUAAGCAUCGCGAUUCGAGAUCCGACAAGACCGUCGCGAAACCGCCGUGCCGCUCGUGCGCUUCAUUCAGCAAAGCCGCGAUUUUUUCUGUCAAAUCUAGCCGUCAUGGGAACAGGUUAUGUGAUUUAGCUCGCUCGUGCUAGCCGAGUGGCGGAGAGCCCGUGUUCCUGUGCCGGAGCCGCCCCGGAUCCUGCACGAUGGGUCAGGGUACGGAGACGUGUGCCGAUCGGCCAACGGAAGUCAGCGUCAUCAAGUUCGUCUCGCGGAAUCACACGAUCGAACCGAAAAAGGAAGUUUAUACGUGCAAACAACGAGGUUGCGGUAAGGUAUUCACCAAUCAAGAGGAAUAUAACAAACACGAAGUGCUAGAAGCUUUAAAGAUUAGAUUCAUUUGUCGCGAACCUGGUUGUGGAGAAGAAUUGUCAGAUCCAGGUAGCAUGUGGCGACAUUAUCAGGAAUGGCACAACAAUGAAACCAAUGUGUUCGCAUGUCCAUAUACCAAUUGCGGGUCCUUGCACACUACCAGUAGUAACCUAGAAGAACAUAUUGAGAGCUGUCAUAGACAGCUGUCUACACUGCCGAUAGAACCUGAAAUAAUUUGCUUCGAGGAUCCGGAGAACGCAAUAGAAGAGGAAGUUCUGCAAAAGACUGACGACAGUUACGAGAAACUGUCGAACGAAAACUUCGUCCUGGACGAAGAAUACGGAAAUACGGAGGAGAGUUGUCACGUUAGAAACGAGACGAAAAUUCAGGUGAAAAACAAUUUCUGCCACGAUCAAAAUAAGAUUACGGCUGUCGCGAACAGCGACGAAUAUUCGAAUAAUGAAUCCCUGAGUUCUAUCAGUAAGUUUUCGAAGAGUGAAGAUUUGCUUAUAGUUAAGGAUAACUUCGUACAAAAAUACGACGGAAGCGCGCCCAAGUGCGAGGAAGUUCUACAAAUGGAAUGCUCGCACAAUAAGACCAACGUGAUCUACAUAAACGGUGACGUGACUAUUACGCAAAACAUGAAGAUGGAAUUAUGUAAUCUGAAUGUGCGGAAUCAGGAACACAGAAUAGAUCUGGGCAACUUGGAGCGGGUUUUUCGUAGCGGUCUCGAACAUGAGAGUUCGCUGAAGAUCGAGGACAGUUCGAUGGAAACCAAUAGCAAUUGCUCGGAUGACGAGUACACACCGAAGAAGCAACGCAUGUCUAGGUACAAACAGGAAACAUACAAGUGCGAUUUUAACGGCUGCGGAAAGAAGUACAAAUACAUAUCACAUUAUCGUCAUCAUCAAGACAGUCAUAAAUUAGUCAUGAACGCAAUUAAUUCCAAUACUGGUAAGCAAACGCCGAAGGUAAAGCAAGGAAAAACCUCUACUGUCAGCUUCUUUUUAUGCAAAAUGCCCGGAUGUGGAGCGCAAUUAAAUAACGUAACUGGCCUAUGGAAGCAUUAUCAGGACAAUCAUGCCAAUUCUAAAUCGCCAGUUGUACAAACCACCAAGAACAAUGAAGCGUCUCGAUGCAAGAUACCGGAAGGUGAUGUAGAGUCGUUCAAUGCGACAUUGUGCAAACAUGUCAAUGAGGUUUAUUCCGAUAGUUCCGUCAACAAUGCAAAAGGAAAGACUGGGAAUGGGAGUAGCUUUCAUUUUACCGAAGUGUUCCAAGACGACGCUACUGCCCAGCAGGCAAAUUUUAAGACUGACUUCAAAGCCAAGCGUAAUAAUAUUAAUUUGGACAACUACGCCAAGAGUGGCGACGAACACAUCGCUCAUAUCGAUAAUAGUUAAAAGGAAACGAUUUUCGGAAUUGACUCUCACACGCGCUCAUCUCGAUUACGACACUUAACACUGAUUUAAAAAAAAAAAAGAGAAUAGCAACUGCGCGAUAAUUCAGAGUAUUUUACAGAGAUCAUUAUCUAGCCAGAAUUUUACGCGAAUAAAUCGCUUUAAGCUUACGUAUUUGGUCCGUAAUUGAUUGCUGUUUUAUUCUGAUUGAUAGANUAUUUCUGGUAGUUUGUAAGUGACGUGAACUUUGUAAGAUAUUCUGGCAUUGAGUAAGCGUCUUUUAGUAUUUAAAAACCUAUCGAAUUAUUCGAUACACACAUAAUACGACGGAGGAGAGUUCAAUUCAAAUUUAUAUAUAUAUAUAUAUAAAAUAUUCUAUACAUGUGUGAAUAAGUUUUCUCGUCGCUAUAAAUAAAGAGGCUAAAUUUGCGAUUCGCGCCUGUAUAACGACACUUUUAACUCUCUUUCUCUCUCUCCUUCUCUCUUUCUGUACUGAUUUUUACUAUUUUGUAUUGUGUCAUUUUUAUGUAACUCGUAUUUCUUGUAUCGAUAUAUAAAUGUAGUUACGACGAUAGAUAUGUCUCAAAAAUGAAAUAUUGUGUAUAGCAGUUUUAUUUAUGUCUGUAUGUUUAAAAAUAAAGUGCAAUAUUAGAGAGACAAAUGUGUGUAAUUGAUUCAAAAUUCUCGCGUAAAACUAUUUCAAGAAAAACCAAAAAGUUAUUGCACAUUUGUUCUAAAACAUAAACAGGUUCUUUAAGAAAUCAAAAAUACCUGUUGCACAGUCUGUACAAACACUCAUAUACAGAGAGAGUAAUUUCAAUAUAUUUUACAAUUUUAAACUUCAAUUAUAUAUAAUAUAGACAUGAUAAGAUCAUAUAACAUGUAUAAGUAUAUAUAGAAACAAUUAACAAUGAUACAAUAAACUUAUUUAUAUCAUAAAUAUAUAUACCUUAAUGGAUCUCACGUAUAAUGAUAAAUUAUGAUUUUUAUUGUUAUCGCAAAAUAAAUAAAUAUCUAACUAAAUAAAUAGAUCGUACAUUUGAGAAAAUUAUAAACAUCCCCAUGGUAACACACAAAGAUUAUGACACAUACAGAAGCUCAUCAAGUAAAUCUGUGGAUAAAAAACUCGAUAUCUUUUUUCUCUCGAGAUUUCGCGACAAAUUUUGUUCUAAUUUAUCUUCUCCAAAUGCACCAUUUGUGAUUGUACUUAUUGCAAACAUAAUAUAUAGAAAUAAUCGAAAUA